UGGUAAUUUACCUCCAUCUGCAUUUUUUUCUUUUCAUUGAGUUGUUUAUUUAUGGUUUUGAGCUUAAAACCCAGAAAUGAUAUAAAGGCCAUUUAGAAUAGAGGGUUAGGAAUAUAAGCAAAGAGAAAUUAAGACGACGGUGGGUUGGGGUUCUGAGCUAAUUAGGAGGGUAUAAAUUAACAUGGCUGCUUCGUCUUCUUCUUCUUCUUCUCAAGAAAAGUACGACGUGUUUCUUAGUUUCAGAGGUGAGGAUACCCGUGUUGGUUUUACUGGAUAUCUUUAUCAUGCUUUGUGUCAAAAGUGUAUCCACACCUACAUGGAUGAGCAAACCCUUGAGAGUGGUUUUGAAAUUUCACCAACACUUAAAAGAGCCAUUCAGGAAUCUAAGAUUUACAUAAUAGUUUUGUCCAAAAAUUUCGCAUCUUCCACAUGGUGUUUGGAUGAACUGGUGGAAGUACUUGAAUGCAAGAGAAAUAAGAAUGGGAAAAAUAUCAUACCCAUUUUUUAUGGCAUAGAUCCAUCCAUCGUGCGUAAACAAGAGCAAAGUUAUGAAACUGCAUUUGCGAAUCAUGAACAACGUUUCUAUGACAAACUGGAGAAGGUGCAGCAGUGGAGGGGUGCUCUAAAAGAAGUAGCUGAUUUGUCCGGUUAUCAUUCAAAGAAUUUUAGGUUUGAGUACGAGUUAGUUCAACAAAUUGUUGGAGAUGUUUUAUCAAAAUUGUCUAAGUUCCAGUUAACAAAUUACGGGCAUCUCAUUGGAAUUGAAGAGAAUAUCAAGAAAAUUGAAUCAUUAUUAAGCAUUGGCUCAAUGGAUGUUCGCAUCAUAGGUAUUUGGGGCAUGGGAGGUAUUGGCAAGACCACCCUUGCUAGCAUUGUGUUUCAAAAAUAUGCAUACUCUCAUUUUGAUGGUCGUUGCUUUCUUAAGGAUAUUCCAGAACGAGCUGAUACAUAUCAUUUGAGAAAUGAACUUCUUUCUCAGUUAGUAAAUAGUAAAAAUGUGGUAUGCACUGACACCCCAGCUGUAGGAUCAGGAUUUAUUCAAGAUAGAUUACGUUAUAAAAAUGUUUUUAUUUGUUUCGAUAAUUUGAAUGGAAGCAGAAACAAAUUAAAAGUUUUAUUGGAUGGGUAUUAUUUUGCUAAGGGAAGCAGAAUCAUUGUCACAACUAGAGACAAGCAAUUAGUUCAGACAGUGGAUGGUAAAAUUUUCGAGUUGACGGGGUUAUCUUCCGUUGAUGCUCUCAAGCUCUUUUGUUUCAAUGCUUUUGGACAACAUUUACCUGCAACAGGUUAUGAGUCUUUAUCAAAAAGAAUUACAAAUUAUACAGAGGGCAAUCCCUUAGCUCUUGAAGUCUUGGGUUCUUCCCUUAAGUCCAAAGGCGUAAAAUAUUGGGAAAGUGCAUUGCAAAAGUUGGAAACAUGUUUGGAUCCUGAUAUUCAAAAAGUGUUGAGAAUAAGUUUUGACGGAUUAGAUGACAAAGGUAUCCAGGGUAUAUUUCUUGACAUGGCAUGCAUCUUUACCCGUGAAGUAAGUAAAAAAUAUGUAGAAAGCAUAUUAAAUCGCACUGAGCAUUCUGAUGCAGCAAUAGGAAUAAGUGCACUCAUUGAUAAAUCCUUACUAAAAGAAGAAUGGAAAUGGAAAUGGAAAUGGCAAUGGCAAUACAACUCAAAAGGAGCAGUUUUGAAAAUGCAUGACUUACUACGACAAAUGGGCCAAGGGAUUGUUUUUGACGAGAACAACGAUCCAGGAAAAUGCAGUAGACUGUGGAAUGUCAAGGAUGUCUGCCGUGUAUUGGAAAGAAAUACGGGAACAUCUACAAUUGAAGGUAUAUUAUUGAAUCUGGAAAACCUUAAAAAGGAUGUGGAAGUGAGUCCUACAGCAUUCUCAAACAUGUACAAUCUCCGAAUUCUUAAAAUAACGCAUAUUUAUGCCUGCAUAAAUCACAUUCCCCAACGUGUGCAUCUUCUUAAUGGGCUCAAACGUAUGCAUCUUCCUAAUGGGCUUGCAUCUUUUGUUUCUGAUGAGAUAAAAUAUUUUCAUUGGGACUUCUACCCUUUGAAAUAUUUGCCAUAUUCGAGUACAGAGAAUCUUGUUGUACUUAUUAUGCGUGACAGCCAACUUGAGCUGCUUUGGAAUGAAGACCAGCCACUUGAGCUCGAGAAGUUAAAGGAGAUCGAUCUUAGUUUUUCUAAGCACCUUAUUCAAAUACCAAACUUGUCCCGGGCUCUAAAUCUUCAAGAUAUACGUCUUCAACAUUGCACAAGUUUGGUUCAUAUUCCUCCAUUUUUUGAGUAUCUCAACAAGCUUCGGUCUCUAAAUAUGACAAAUUGCAAAAAUCUGGAAGAUGGCAUAGAAAAUCUUCCAAACAGCCUAAGAGAUAUAACAAUGGAUGGGACAGCAAUUAAAAGUCUACAAGAAAGCAUUUGGGAGUCGAAAUAUCUGAAACAGUUGCAUCUUUCUGGUUGCACAAAUCUGAGAAAGAUUUCAAAAAUCUCGAAUCAUAUGGAUUGCUUGGUUCAAAUUGUGUUACGUGAAGCAGAGAUUGAAGAGUUACCCGAGUCAAUUGAGAAUCUAACUGUGCUCCAACGUUUAUUUCUUAAUGGGUGCCAUAAGAUUAAGUUUCUCCCAAACAGCCUGUGUAAAUUAUUGCAUCUUCGACUGUUGAUCCUUGAGGGAUGUUCAUCACUUCAAGAAUUGCCUCCCCUUCCACAUGGUUUGGAAAAUUUGGAUAUAAGAAAAUGUGAGAGAUUGAAAUCAAUAGCAGAGCUUCCAUCAUCCGUACGUGAUUUGAAAGCAGAUGAAUGCAAAUCGUUGGAGACAAUAUCAAGUCGGGGGUCUCCACCCAAACCACAUCUUUUUUACGAAUAUUCGUUUAUGAAUUGUCUAAAAUUGGAUGAGGACACACGGAACAACGUAAUUGUUGAGCUAGCACGCCUUCUUUCAUUGCCCAGUCAAGAUGAUGUACUGUGUUUUCAUCAUAUCAUCUAUCCAGGAGACGAAAUCCCAGAAUGGCUCAGCUAUCAAACUGAUGGGGGGAAUUCUGUCAACAUCCACCUUCCUGAAAAUUGGUUUAAAUUGAGUUUUGCCUUUUGCAUUGUUUCUAAUGAGUUGGAUAGAGAAACUGAUCAUCAAUAUAUGAAACUUGAAUGCGAAUUCAAUUUCAAAACCAACACCAGUAACAGUGAUGUCUGUCUUUACAAAUAUUGUCGUGAGUGGGUGGGCUUUGUUUUUCCUGGAACCAUUCAUUCAGAUCAUGUGUUUAUUUUUCCCAUUAUUAAGUUUCAUCCUAAAUUGUCAAAAGUGCUUGUGCCAUAUUGGUCCUCCAUCUAUAGCAAUAUUACCGAGGCUUCUUUCCGAGUAUCUUUCAAAAAUGGGCCCAUUGCAAAAAAGUGUGGGUUUCAGUUCUGCAAUGCUGACAAGGGGUUUGAGGAACUAAAUGGAAACAGAUCUAGUUCUAAUCAACCAAAUGGACGCAGACACAACAGUGAUCCACUUCCUCACAAUAAUUCCAAGCGAAUCAAGCUUGUGGAAUAAUAUAUUACCGCAUCUCUUCCAAAUGAAUAAGAAAUAUACUAAAGGCUUGGGUGAAGGCCUUCAGAAAGAGAGAGAGCAUGAAGAUGAACAAGAUUAAUGAUUGUGGAAGUGAUGCAGAAGAUUGUCGUUCCUAUUGGGAGGCUCUUAAGGAGCUCUAAAGAUGAUGUGCUCGUGGAACUGAACCAUUAGUUUUGUUGAUCGGAAAAAGCUGACCAGCCAGCAAUGGCGAGGGAGGUGGGUUUUGAGAGUUGAGUUUUCCUUUGUUAUAUAAGUGAGUCGAGUGGAGGGAAAAGAAACAGUCAUCAGGGACAUGUUCCGUAAUAUUUCUAAGCAUUAUAGUGACUUAAA